AUGAAUGAGAACGCUGUAGCUGACAAGUUAGAUCAAGAGAAACAUAAUGCAUGUUCGGCACUGGCUAUUGAUAUAUUCAACACUCAUCAUCCACUCCUCUCUCAGUUUCUCACUGAUCCUGUCAGUGUAGCUAUUAUGCUUCAAAGAGAGGGUGUCAUAACAGGACAAGUAUUGGCUAGUGUGGAAUCAGCUAGUCCCUCUGUUCCUAAUCAACAUGAAGUCCUGUUAGCUGCCAUUAUAGUAGCUAUUCAAAACAAGUAUAGUUUACUACAAACAUUUGCUAGUGUACUGUGCAAGUUCACUGGUAAUAUAAAACUAGGAACAAUUAUACAAAGAGACUAUGAUAAAACAUUUCAUGAACAUGAUCAUUUGAUAUUGGAUGAAGAAGAAUCUUCUGAAUCUUCUGGUUGUGAUUCAAAUAAAUCAACACCUAAUUAUGGUGGUCCUCUUUACAUUCCACAAUGUAAGAGUCGAGAUUUUGAUGAGCUUCAUGCUAAAUUUGCUAAAAUGUUCUCAAACGUUCGCAAAGCUAUUUCUAAAUGCCCACCUCCUUUAGAAGAUCUUAAGACUUUCAUUGAAGAUUUUAACUCUGACCUUGAAGCAGAACUGAGUUUUAUUAGUAAUCUUCAAAGUGUAAUGCGUCUAAUUAGGAAAAAUUGCAGUCUCAUUAAUAUUGUGAUCCUUGAAGCUGUUGUUGAGCACUUUGAGAUUAAUGAUGCUCAGAAAUACAUUGAUGAUUACAAGAGGGAAAUUGAUGAGUCAUGUCGUAGUUUGUCAGUUGAUUUGUGCUUGAAUGAGCCAUUUGAUGUUGUUAGGGCCAGUCCUCCUCUUAAAUGUGAAACAGCUACUUAUGUACUAGGAUGGGAAGCUACUGAGCAUAAGCUAAAGGACGUUACAGAUAUUGUAUCAAAAUCUUCCGGUAAAUUUAUAAAGCUGAUUAACAUCAAAAGCAUUGAAUCUAUCACCAUCACUUGCUCCUUUCCUCACUCUCUUACUGGAGCUCUCAUUAUAAAAUUGAGUGAGAAUCUUGAAUUAUUAAUAAAGAAUGGUCUAGUGAAGCUUACUGUUGGAUACUGCACAAUAUGGAAAAAACAGGAACCACUGGAAGAGGAUCUACAGAAGAUAAAGGAACAAUCUCAUGAUACAAAGAGACAGAAAGAACUUAAAGAAACUGUUCAGCAACUGAGAAACAUACUUAAUGAAAAAGAAAAGGAAUUGAAUAAAAUCAAGGAAAAAUUACAAGAAAUGUCAUCACUGAAAAAAACUAAGGAGGAUCAAAAUGAAGAGGAAUGUGCACUAGUGGAAUUAAAGGAAGUAAAAGAAGCAACUAAUGAUUUGAAAGAGAAACUACAAAGAAUAAAAAAAGAAUAUGACAUUAAAUGUCAUACAGAUUCUGCUUCAGCAGCGUCAUACAAAAUCAUAAAGGGAAUGAGAAUGGAAAAAGAACAAAUAUUAACAAAUAAAACUGGUUUACUGGAUUGGAAUGAGUCAUUAAUAGAUAUUAAGAGAGAAAUAGCUGAACUACAAGAACAGAUAUCAUUAAUGAGUGUACAUAUACUAAAUGAAAGAGAAGAGAAUGAAGAAUUGAUGCAUAAAAUAAAAGAGUCACUGAUAGAUUAUAAAAGAGAUACAUUGAAACUGGACCAGGAAAUAUCCAGUGAACAGACACUAGUUAAAAGAGAAGUGGAUCAACAGGUUAUUCAUCAAGAGAUAAAGGAACAGUUGGGUAAACUAAUAAUAAGUGUGGAAUUACAUCAAACUAUCUCAAAAUUGUCUGAUGAUUCAGGAGGGCCACACACUCCACCAGUGGAAGUAUUGAUGACAUCUUUUGCUUCACAUCAUAAAAGCAACAAGCAUUGGUACAGCCCAGGCUUCUACUCUCACCAUAACGGAUACAAGCUCUGUCUAAGAGUGAGAGCUAAUGGAGAGUCAGAAGGAAGUGAAACACAUCUAAGCAUUUACAUACAUUUGAUGAGAGGUGAAUACGAUGACACCUUAAAAUGGCCUGUGAGAGGAAGAGUAAAUCUAGAGCUAUUCAAGAGAAAACAUGACAAAAAUCAUUUUGCUGGGAAAAUUGAAUUUAACAAUGACUCAAAUCCUGAGGCCACUGGGAGGGUAAUCAAUGGAAUACUGCUAAGAAGUGGUACUGCAGCUUUUGUUGGGGAGGGAGGAGCAACAUUUAUACCACAAGGCCUACUCUUCAAAGACUAUGUGAAAGAUGAUAGCAUCAGGAUUCGUAUUACCAGUGUAGAUUUAUCAGGCCAGGGCAAUUCAUUACCUGUCUCAUUUGCUACAAAUGGGUGUAUUUUCGAAUUUAGAGUUAAUAAUUUCUCUGCACUUAAAAAAUAUAAUGGAAGUUAUGUCAGUGAUCAUUUUUACACACAUGAAGAAGAACAAGGUUACAGUUUUGUUUUGAUGGUGUAUCCCAAUGGGGUUGGAGCAAACAAAGGGAAAAAUGUAUCUAUUUUUGCUCACCUCACAAAAGGAUUAAAUGACGAUCAACUCAAGUUUCCAUUUCGUGGAGAGUUUACAGUUCAAGCUGUUAACUGCCAUGCUGAUCAAAAUCAUAUUGAAAAAGUUAUUCGAAUCAAUGAAUUUACAGAUCCCAAUGAGACAUACGGAAGACGUGUUGCAUGGUAUAAUGUAACUGGACGAGCACUCAAUGGAUAUGGAUUUCCAGAAUUUCUAGGACACGAACAACUCGAAUACAAUAAAGAGAAUAACACGCAAUAUCUUGAUGACACCGACUCAAUCCUAUUUAGAGUAACUAAAGUCAAAGUAAUGUCAGUUUAAAUUUCAAUUUACAGAAAUAAACUUAGUAAACCAUAAAACAUUGCUGUGUAUAUGCAGCUAACUAUAGCAAUUAUUAUGUGCAUGUAUAUGUAAAUGUAAAUUUACACUAUUG